AUGUGGCGACUCAGCAGCGGCGUGAGGCAACUCGCCGUCUCGUGGAUCGGUGCGUCAUGUGGCUGCGGUGCUGCUUCCGCGAUGGCCCAAACGACCGUGCGUCGAUGGCAGUCGCAGAGUUCCCGUGGCCAGCCGGGGCUUCACUGGGAUGAGGGCGUUGUGGACCCGCGGUACUCGUCCGAGGGCAACAUGCGGAGGUUUAACCCCGACACGGUGGCGCACUACGUGAAGGCGACAAUCCAAAACGAUCGUCGGGAGAUGGGCCUGGGGGAGGUGUACGACUGGCAUGAGUUCGCGAAGGACGCCGUGUACAUCCCGACGCGAUCGGGACCGUUGUGGGUUGGCAGCGACGACCCCCGCUGCGCCAAAUUUAUGCGAAGACGAGAAAAGAUGAAGAAGUCACCGCAGCAAAAGGCACGUCCAAAGCCCGGGCCAGACCCCGCGAAGCAGUUGGAGGACCACACACUGCGUGAGUUCUUUACGACGGCGACUAAUUUGCGGGAUCCGCUUAGUACGGCGAAUAAUUUGCACCGCGCAGGGCUCAUCCGUGAGUAUGAUAUCAAGCACGUGGCGGCAAAAAUUCAGUACGUGCCACGUCCACCGAUUGUGUCCAUUAUGGGCCACGUGGAUCACGGCAAGACGACGUUGCUGGAUUACCUCCGCAACACAAAUGUGGCCUCCGAGGAGGCGGGCGGCAUUACGCAGAAUGUUGGUGCUUUCCAAGUAAAAAUAUCGGACGGCCAUUUUGUGACCUUCAUUGAUACUCCCGGACAUGCUGCGUUUACAGCGAUGCGGGAGGUGGGCGUGGCGGCCAAUGAUCUCAUCGUCCUUGUUGUAUCUGCCGUGGAUGGGGUGCAGCCACAGACGAAAGAAGUCAUUGGACUUGCCCGCGAUGCCGGUAUUGCGCUUGUCGUGGCAUGCACGAAGAUUGAUCGACAGCCGAAGGUGGACCCAAUCAAACAGCAGUUACGUGAUUGUGGCGUUGAGUUGGAGGAGGACGGCGGGGACACGCAGUUUGUUUCGGUCUGCGGGCGAGAUGGCACCGGCAUUCCAGAACUUCUGGAGGCAAUCUCCCUGCAGGCGGAGCUCUGUGAGAUUAGUACCCCGGAACCAUCCAGAUGCGAGGUGACCGUCAUUGAGUCACGUAGUAGCGAUGUGAAGAAUGAGGUGGCGGGCAUCGUGCGCUGUGGAAAAUUGAAACCUGGACAAGUGUUGGUCGCAGGCAUGACGUACGGUGUGGUGCGAAAGGUUAUGGAUAAUAAUGGGAAUGUUUUACAGGAGGCCGGACCCUCCAUGCCAGUCAUUAUGCAAGGGUUUCGUGUCCAUCCCAAACCUGGUGUUGUGCUCAUGCAGGUGAGCAGUGAAUCUCAUGCACAGAAGUACUAUCUUUUUAUGAAGGAUGUAUACAAGGUGGAGGGCCGACGUGAGGAUUAUUUACAGCUGCUGAAUCAAGAGCAACACGGCAUGAUUUAUGCCCGCAAACCAGAUAACAACUUGGUGCGUACAUACAGCACGAAGGCCUUUGUGCUUUCGUGUAAGGCGGCUACAUUUGGCAUGCUACAGGCUCUCAUGAAGACAUUAUACGAAUUGCCUCGCUUGGAAGGCGUCUCAACGGAGAUUAAAGUAACCGAGGUUGGUGGUCUAAAGGAUUACGAUAUUGCUCUUAUUGGUAGCUCUGGACAGCCCGGAUGCAUUCUUCUCUACGGCGAGAGCAAGGACACAAACACGCUAGAUGUGCCAAAUCACGUCAAGGUGAUCCGCUUCAACGUGCUUUACCAUGGAAUCGAUGCCCUGAAGGAAACACUUGUGGAAUCGCUUCCAAAAAUCAGUAAGACGCGUGUCACGGCGGAGGCGGAGUGCAUACAGGUCUUUCGUGCGUCACAGGCUGGAAGGAAUGGCAAUGCGGGUGGGAUGCGGGUCACGAAGGGCAGCAUCAUUGGCUCGCAUCUCACGUUCCGUGUCCUGCGCAAGUCUUCGCGGAGUAAACUUACGGGAGGUGACAACUCACCUAAGAAGGCAACCGGCGAUGAGGAUGACACGGAGGAUGCUCGCACGGUGGUGUACGAGGGUCAAAUAAAAGAGCUGCGCCGCUUCAAAGAAAUUGUGCCUUCUGUUGAAAUGGGUCUGGAGUGUGGGGUCAUUCUGCAUGACGAGUUUCAGUUCCGUUUGGGGGAUAUUCUUCAACAGUUUGAGGUUUACGAGGAGCCACGUGAUGUUGCGGAGGAAUACGAGGCGGCAGAACGGCGAGAGAAAAUAAUGAGGGAGACGGCGGCGUUGCAGGCUCAAAUGGAGGAGGAGAAGGCUGGGGGAAAUGCGGACGGGGCCGGCACCGUGUAG